CGACAUGCAUGAACCAAAGCUCGAGUAGCAAAAACGAGAAGAGAGAAGAGAAGUGUUUAUGGCGAGUAGUGUGAGUGUGAUGCAGCGGUGCACCGUAGCUGCGAGGUCUUUUAUAAGAGCCGCGUCGACGGAGACGCCGUGUGCUUCAGCCGGCGUUGCAACCCCGAUAUUGUGCGGUCGUGGUGAUAAAAAGACAAAGAAAGGGAAGAGAUUCAAAGGAUCUUUCGGAAAAUCUCGUCCGAAGAGAGAUCAAAUGAUCGAACGCAUCAAAGACAAAGUAGAAGUUCCCAGGUCUACUCCUUGGCCUCUUCCUUUCAAGCUCAUUUGAUUCAAUUUAACUCUAUUUGCGUUCUUAUGCGGCCAAAUGUACUAUUCCAAUUUUUUAGGGUUUUGUGUCGUUGUUCGUGAACGAUGUAUGUACUUUCACUACCAUUUUCUAUUUGAAUAUUAUUUUUAUUUUUAUUUUUUUGCUUCACAUUAACUAUUCUGAAUGUUGAUUAUUAAUUGCCAUUACAUGGUGUGCUUUCUUUGA